AUGUCAAGAAGACGAACAAGAAGUGAUACUCGCCUGGUUGGGAACACGACGGAGACGGAGUCGGAGUCAGUUGCAAGGGGUCAUGAACCACCAUCGCCCCCGCAGUAUGUGACGCAGAGUCAAUUCAGCGCUUUGGAAAAUCAGUUGGCAGCAAUGAUGGUGCUCUUACAAGACCAGUCGCAGAAAACCACCAUCCCUCAUUUAAGCCCGACGGAAGUGACGAAUCAACAAUCGCCUCAAGCGCCACCCGCGGUUGUCCCACCCAUCUCUCAGCGGGGAGCGGGAGACGCGGGAGCCCCAAUGACCGUAGCUCAACAGCCCCCGCAGACCAUGGUAGACCUGGAACGAAAGAUGGAAGAAAUCAUGUCCCAGAAGAUAGACGAUGCGUUGUCCAAGAGAAAGGAUAGGCGGAGACAGAUGGUUUUGGAGGAAGACCCGUUCACCCCAGAAAUCAUGGCGGUCCCUUUGCCUAAAGGCUUCAAACAGCCCAUGAUUGAAGCCUAUGAUGGAGUCACGGACCCACUUGACCAUCUACAAACCUUCGUGGAUCUGAUGAGACUUUAUGCCGCCCCGGACGCAGUGAUCAAGAGGAAGAGAAAGACAACCAUUGGGUUAAUGCAGGUCGUACAAGACAAAGACGAGUCAUUGCAGGAAUACUUAGCUAGAUUCAGCCGGGCGACUCUUAGCAUUAGAGACCUGCAAAUGUCCGCAGUGGUUGCAGCCUUGAUGAAUGGAACGCGAAACCGGGCCUUUAAGAUGUCACUCUCCAAGAACCCCCCGGAGUCGAUGCAUGACCUAUUAAAGAAGGGAGACAAGUAUGUCGAUGCGGAAGAAGCUGAGAAGGUACCUAAAAAUCUCAGGGAUGGAAGGGAGACAGAAGCUAAUAAGCAAAAAACAUAUGACGAGCAAAGGCACAAUGAUAAAAAUAAGCCGAAGAAUGAACGCACGAGCAAGGGUUAUGUCCAAGACCGGUCAGUCAGGCAAAAACGAGAGGAGAUCAAGAUACCCACCCCUUUGAACAUUCCACGAACAAAGUUAUUGAUAGAGAUACAGCACAUGAAGGAGCUCGAAUGGCCCAAACCAAUGCUAACCCCUUCAGGCAAGAGAAAUCAAAGUAAAUACUGCCAUUUUCAUAGAGAUCACGGGCAUGAUACCGAAGAAUGCCUACAGUUAAAGGAAGAAAUUGAGCACCUGCUGAGACGGGGGCUAUUGGCAAAGUAUGUGAAAAACGAUAAGGGCAGGCAAAGGGUCGAAGGUAUACCCCCACCAAGAGCAGGAGUGAUAAACAUGAUCAUCGGAGGAGUAGCAUCGGGCGGCCACUCAAAUUCAGCUAGGAAGAGCUAUGCGCGUUCAGUAGGGGUCUGCUCUAGUCAGAAAAAAGCAAGAUUCAACCAGAGUAUAACUUUCGAUGAAGAGGACUUGAUUGGUGUAACACACCCCCAUGAUGACGCCUUAGUAAUAGUAGGCGAUAUUGCGGAUUUUGACGUGAAGAGGGUGUUAGUCGAUGGAGGGAGUGCGGCAAAUGUCCUCACUUGGGAUGCCUUCUUGGGUCUAAAAAUCCCCCAAGAAAGGUUGAAGGUGGUGACUACCCCCCUACAAGGCUUUGGAGGGGCAACAGUGAUACCGGAAGGGACUGUAGAGCUUUCAGUCACGCUUGGGACAUACCCAGCGACAGUGGUGAUCGUGACUAAUUUCUUGGUUGUCAAGACCCCCAUGGCUUACAACGCUAUGGCCAGCCAUUGCUAA